AACGAAAUAAUGAGGUUCCUAGUCAUGGGACCUGAUCAAUUCAGACACAUGGUCCUGCCACAAUUCGGCAUGUGGGGAGUGAGAUAGUUUCUCAUUUCCUAACCAUUCAACUGCUUAACAUUUUAAUUCUUCUUGGCCACUGAAGAUGACGUCUUUAGCUCAGCAACUGAAACGUCUUGCUUUGCCACAAGGUCGGGCUGGCACUGUAACUCAUGACAAGCACCGUAAAUCGCUGCUCUUUGAUUCAAAGGAAGCUGCCACAUUAGAUCGAGAAACCUUCUAUGCUUUAGGUGUGAAUGGUCUCCAAGAAUUGGAAAACAUUGAUCCUACCUUUCAAGAGUUUGAAAAUACCCUAUUUGACGAAGCCUCAAAGUCGCUUGAGCGUUCCAUCCAGACCCAGGAAGUCAAUGCCCGGCUUGAUCGUAAGAUUCGACGGUUCUUGCUGCGACUGUCACCAUUCUUCUUGUUAAAGCCGGCGCAGAAAGCCACGGAGUGGCUCAUUCACAGAUUUUCCAUUCACGAGUACAACGUUGACGACUUACUGGCAUGUGUCAUCCCGUACCACGACACCAAGAUCUUUGUCCGUGUGGUUCAGCUGCUGAAUCUGCAGGAAGAUACUAACAAGUGGCACUGGCUUCAACCCAUACAGACUCCUGGUGUGCCUUUGUCAAGGACAACUGUCAUCAACCAGUGCUACAAAGAUCCAGGCUUCCUUCGGUUUGUGUGUGAGCUUGUGCUAUCAGCCAUUAAGGCUCAUAAACGAGUAACCACCCACUCACCUGAUUAUGAUGACCCUUCGUCUACGGAUGGUGAAGCGCCCUCUAGCUCAGCUGACUCGUUGCUGCGAGUCGUAACAUGUUUCUACUGCUCAGCUGUCGUUGGGGCGAUUGAGUUUGCCAAACAUGUGAAUGAGAAGCUCCUGUCUGGGAUCCUUCCUUAUGUCUUGAAGGGUCUGAAAUCCAAGUUUGCAGACUACCAGGCAUCUAGCUACAUGAUCACCUGUCAGCUUGCUAUUAAAGUCAAGAUGAAGAUGGAUCUAGUAGAUCCUAUCAUCAGAAGUAUAUGUAAGCAUCUGACUCCUACCUUGGCCGUGGAAGGAUUAUCUUGCGUUGCUAUCCUCUGCCAUACUCAACCUGUCCAAGAAUUUCCAGAGAGUGCCUUCAAGAAACUGUGUACUUUUACCAGUACACUGAGUGCAUUGGAGCUGCUGUCACAGGCAGCAAACUCAACCCCUCUGUUGAAGCUGUUUCUCACUAGGCUCAUCAGUGCAACAAUGCACAGUGAAGCAGAGGAGCACCAGGAUAACAUGGGGGAGGAGGAAGGCAAUAUAUACUCAGCCAUGCUGGAGGGAAUCUUAUCCAGAGUUCAGCUUGAGGCCAGCUUGAGAAAGGAAAUGGCAAAGAUGCUUCUAAAAGAGUAUGUGAAUGUGAGAAAAGAACUUGGGAAACGGACGUCGUUGGUGAUGAGUUUGAAGGAGAGAGUGUCAUCUGUUGUUGCAGCUUUGGAAAGAAGGUAUCCAGAAGCCAUGGAUGUAGCCAUUGGAUCGGUCAUGUCUCAAGACAUGGACACCAAAGAUCAGAAACUCAUUCAAGAACUCGUCUCCAUGUCUGUCUCUGCAUCCAAGCAUCAGCCUAUAUCAGGAACCAAGACGACACUAAUCCUGAGUCUGAACCAUGCAAAUGCUGACAUAAGACUUCUAGGAGUUCGGCAUCUAAGAGAGAGAAUUGAAGCGGGUGAAUCGUUGGAGGAGUUCUGUAUCGAGUCGUUGCUACAGCGUCUACAAGACGAUAAGCUGCAUGUGGUGAAUGCUGCACUCCAAAUUGGCCAACCAUUGUGCAAGCUUCUUCCGCAGGACAAAUUGUUUGAAAUUCUGACGGGUAUUCUACGGAAGGGAAAGAUGAAGACAAGUAAAGGAUUAACUUCCAUCAAACUCUCCUUGAAGCUUCUUGGGAAUGGACAUCUUUGGAAUAUUAGCAAAGAUCAGCAGGUAUCUCUUGUGCCCCUUGUCUUACCCUAUAUGAUCUACCGAAGCGAAGAGACUGCUGAGACAGCUAAGGAAUUAAUUGACAUCAUUAAGACGUCUACAAUGCUGAUGGGUCUGAGGAUUUUCCAUGGCAUUGGCAAGGCUUAUCAAGGACAGACUUUUGAUACCUCCGCAGUAACCAGCUCCUUGAUUGAAAUCCUGGCUCUCAACUUGGCAAAGUGUGGCCCUAAUGAGCAGAAGAAAAUGAUUGCCAGCCUCACGUCUUAUGCUGAUCAACCUCGUGCCCACCAAUCCUUCUACAAUGUAUUGCUAGACUUCCUCCUUCUCAGGGUCAUGCAUCAUACCAAGGAUCAAGUGCAGAAGUUGCGGGUUGCUGACAUUUUGCUUCAACUCCUGGAGAAGGAUGUGAAGAGGAUGUUGGACCCAGGCCUCACCCUCACCCAGCCGGGAGAGCCUUUACCAAGACUGAGUGGUAACCAUGACAACCUACCUACGGAAGUGCAUGCUCAUCUCUGCAAUCUACUGAUACAAAGACAGAAGCAACAACAUGGCGGAGUCAAUCCCAGAAUGCAUCAGUCUCAGGUGGAGACGACACUGUGGUGUCUGGAGAGCAUUGUAGGAGAAAUCAAAAUGCCGCAAGGGCUCAAGUCACAGCCAAAGAUGUGGGCGUCUGCCAGAUGGAAAGAUGACCCGAUCAAUUCCUACCUGACAUGGCUCCUGCAUCUGGUUGACCUUUUGACCCAAGCUGCUGGGGUCAAAGAGAAAAAGGUUCAACAUGCCCCAGAGUUUAAGAAUAUCUUGACAAAAGUUGUACAGGACCACUUGUGCACACCGGAUCUCCUCUGGAACUUUCUGUGUCUUGUCUGGACCCUACCUCAUCAGUCGCCAAGUACCCAGUUUUACCCCGUGUCCGUCUUCUACCUGGCACGAUGUCUUCAUAUCGGCCUGACCAGUACCAAGGAGUCAUCCAUGACCUCGGAGGUCGUGACCCGACUGUUGGGUCAAGAGUCAGAAGUUCUCCCCUCCAUGCUUGUGGUGAUGUCCACUGACCUGGAGCCAAUCAGACAAGCCGCUGUACAUUGUCUUCAAUCCUUAUUGGCCAAUUUGAAUGACGAUGAUUCCAAGACGCCCUACAUCCAACUAUCUCAAUUCCUCAUCAGUAAGGGGGAUGGAAUCAUUGCAGAUGCUGACUACUUGAAACAGGCCCUGAAAUUGUACUUUGCCAAUGUCAGCUCAGCUGCAAAGGUAGACCAGCCUCAACCGCCGGCCACACCCAGAAAGAAGAAGAAAGGAAAGGGUGCCGCAGCCGAGAAUCUGCAUCCUAAGAUCCAAUGCUUGAAUUGGUUGUUGGUGUUUGUCAACAAGGAGAGCACACCGUGGCAUUUACAACGUGCUGUCCUGUCAGUGAUGUCUGAAGUUCAUAACGAGCACAUUCUGUCUUUGCUACUGGACAUGUUCCAUGAUCUCGUGGAUCCAAGUCAGGCCAAAUCAGGAAUGAACGAUGACAAGGCAGUGAUUCUAGACAGCAUUAUCCGACGUUUCAUCCCCGAAACGGCAGCUCUCUUGCAACAUUGUUUUGAUGACAUUGUUGUUGGCUUGAAAAGAGAAAAAGAUGUGCCUCCAUUGGGGAAAUCUCCACAAAAGAUGAUUCUUAAACAGAUAACACCAGCCUUCUUCAGUGCGAUACCGACAAGUGUCUUAAAGCAGCAACUCCUAUCAAGUUUGAUAGAUCAGCAGGUAGCUACCCAAAAUUCACUGGUGGCUUCUAGCAUCGGACGAACCCUCAGAAAGUUGCCCCUUGAAGCCGAACAAAUUGUAAAUGAACUCAACAAAUUUCAGGCGGAUGGAAAAGUAACAAGUCUGAGAGGUGCCAAGAGAGCAAGGGGCGGCAAGAGAGAUCCAGAAGCAGGCCAGUGGCAACGUGCUACUCAUAUCUUAGAGUUCCUACAACAAAAGAAACUCAGGAAGAUUGGAGGGUUGGUUCAGCUGCUCCCAGCACUGUUUCAUCUUCUGUCAAGAUGUCUUGAGCAGGAUUCAGCAGACCAGGAGACUUCUAUGGAGUACCUCAAGCAACUCAUCCUGACUACAAUACUGAACAUCUGCAACAGACUAUCGCCUGACAACAAGCCCCUACCAGCUGAUGUAUUGAGCCAGGAACAGUUCAAUGUAGAGCUGGUUGUACAGUGUAUACGGACGUCUGAAGAUCCACAAACCCACCGCCAUGCUUUGAUGCUACUAGCUGCUGCAGCUGGACUAUUCCCCGAUCACGUGUUGCACAACAUCAUGGCUAUUUUUACCUUCAUGGGUGCUCACAUGUUACAUCGAGAUGACAGCUAUAGUUUUCAGGUCAUCAUACGAACCAUUGAGACUGUCAUACCUGCGCUUAUCAAGGCGAGCAACCAGCAGUCCCUGCCUUCUAGUCUUGGAGGCGGUGUUGAGGAAGUCGUUGUCAUGGUGAUGCGGGUCUUUGUUGAUGCCUUUCCACACAUUCCAGAGCAUCGACGAUUGCCUCUCCUCAGCCAGGUGAUGAUGACAGUGGGCCAGGAGACAUACUUGUCUAAGAUGUUAGCUUUACUCAUUGGUGGUUACGUUACCAAGGGAGCAGCAGCAAUGCACCCAGGAGAUGAGAUCGAUGUCAAGGGGCCAGGUCGUAGUAUUGAUUUCUGGUUGGCACUGUGCCAACAGUUCUCCCCGGAAGUUCAGAUAACCAGUCUAACCAAGUUAUUGGAGUAUGUAUCAACGCUGACAGAAGACAAGGAAACUGAUAAGAGACGACCCUCCAUGGCCACCAGACAGACCGGCACCAGACUACCUCAGCACAAAGCUUCCACCAAUCAGGGACCAGUAUUUUCUGCUGAUCCUCAUAUCUGUGCUCGUCAGAUGAGACAGUUCCGAUUCACUGCUGUCUGCUUCAUGCCUCACGUCGUCUCAAACACUGACUUUGUGGAAAAGGUGGUGAAUGCUACUCCAGAGGAGGCAAACAAUUUGAAAAAGUUGCUGCAAAGAUUGCUGGAAGUCCUGUUAGGUUACAUCAGCCAGGUUGCUCAGAGUGUCCAUCGCAAUGCAGGAAAGGAAACAGCUAAAUUCUGGAAGGCUUUAUUACAUCGAUCUUAUGAUGCACUGGAUAAGGUAAAUGCCCUCCUGCCUGCACAUAUCUUCAUUGAUGUCAUAGUUCAUCUCCUAGGUAACAAGCUAGCAACCAUCAGACGUAAGGCUAUGGACUUACUGAACAACAAGCUUCUUCAGCAUCAAGAUUACUUUGGCAAGGAACAGAGUAAAGGUUUGUUGGGCUUGAUCUCAGGUCUCCUGACAAUCGCCAUGGCUACCAAGGAUGAAGCCACGGUUACGGAUGAGGUGGAUGUGAAUCGUCAUACUGCCCUCUAUAGUUUGAAACUUCUAUGCACACUUCUAGGAGAGAGUCAUUUGAAAGAAUUUGGACCGGUGUUGGAAGCAUCUGUCGGGAUUUGUGAAGAGGAGGGCGUUAACACACAGGUGCAGGGGAGUGCAAUGCUAUGCCUUGCAGAGUGCGUACGUGUCUUGAGGGCGCACUCCAUUCGUUACCUCCCCCGUCUUAUGCCACGCCUCUUGGACGUUUUGGCAAGCAAAGAGAUAAUCGUCAGCUCUGACUUUCAACUCUUGAGUGCCGUGACUGCCGUUCAGAAGGUGAUUGAGACUCUACCUCACUUCCAGAGCCCCUACCUAGUGGAUCUGCUCUUGCAAAUUUGCCGUCUGUCAAGCGAUAGUGAAGAUGAAAAGUCCCAGUUGAAUCUGAGACUGAAAGCACUGGGCCACAAUUUGGCUGGUACGAUAGCUGUAAGAGUCCUGCUACCUGUGUUUAGUCAGGUGUAUGAUAGGAUGGUAGACACACACAAGGGAAGUAUCGGUCCUCUUAUGGCAAUCUUGUCAGAUCAUCUCAGUGCUAUGGAUAAGACUGACAUGGCCGGGUACCAGCCGCAGAUGGUUGCCUUCUUCCUGGUUGCAUUGGACUACAGAGCAAAAAAUGCAGAUGAAAGUUUAGAUGAUGUCGAUGAUGUGGAAGGUCAUGUGAUCAGUGCCAUGAUGACGCUGGUAAUGAAGAUGUCGGAGGCCAGUUUCAGACCAAUGUUCAUCAAGGCGGUUGACUGGGCAACACGUGGCACCGCCCCCAAGGAUCGUUUGCUGACCCUGUAUCGUCUCUCUGACGCCAUCGCUGAUAAACUCAAGAGUCUCUUCACGUUAUUCGCUGGUCACUUAGUGGCCAAGGCGGCAGAUUUAUUGGACAUCAAUAAUACUUGCAAAACUGACAAGCAGUUCUUUGAAGGCGUUGCCCACGGCGAUGAGAAGUCAUCUUUACUCCUCAUCUACAUCUUAGACUGCCUCCAUAAGUGUUUCAUGUAUGACAAGGGAGGAUUUGUCUCCAAGGAACGCUUCCAACGACUCAUGCAACCACUUGUGGAUCAGAUUGAAAACAUGCAGGGAACCGACGCAGCUUACCAGGACAGAGUAACCAAUCACUUGACUCCGUGCAUCGCUCAGCUCCUAGUUGCAUCACAUGACUCGUCGACAUGGCAACCACUGAAUUACCAGGUGUUAUUGAAGAUGAGGCAUAGCUCACCAAAGGUGAGAUUUGCAGCUUUGACUGUUCUUCAAGAACUUCAUAAGAAACUUGCUGAGGAUUACUUGUCUCUGUUACCUGAGACUAUUCCAUUCCUGGCAGAGCUAAUGGAAGAUGAGUCAGUGGAGGUGGAGCAGCAGUGUCAACUUGUUGUCAAUGAGCUUGAGAAGACUCUGGGUGAGCCGCUGCAGAAGUACUUCUAGGUAUUUUUGAGAUUCUUGAUUUGUACGCACCCAGCUUUCACAUAAGAUUGGUUUUUAAACACGGUGCUGGGAGCGCAUGAUUUUUCAUGUGCUGUUGCAGCCGUCGAAUUAAAUACAUUCUAUAUUGUCAAAGCAGUGACAUUUUCAAAAUAACAAAUGUUAGUAUUAUUAUUAUUAUCGAAAAUUGUACUUUAGGGAGAUGUUCCCAUAGGGCUGUGCACAACAUUUUCAAACUUUCAUGACCCGCAACCCCCAUGUUACCUUAUCCUACCCCAACAGAUUUUGGUAUAAUUAUUUAUGUUUUGGACCACGAGCAAUUGAUCUAGCCUAUUUGCAACAAUAAGAUUUUGCCUCUAAAAAGCAGUUGUGACAAAAUCAUGUCUUCUAAAGGGUACCUUUACAGGAAUUAUGUUAAUGACAGUGGCGUUCCAAAAACAGGCUUUGUUUUUAAGAUUCAUGUAUGCAUUUGAACACUUUAGGGAACAUGCACAGGCAUUCUGUAGAUUGUCAACGUUUUUAUUGACAAGUAAUGCAAAUUUAAACCUUGCGCACAUUGUUUCUUGUAAUGUUCUUGGAUGAAAUCAGCAGGAACAGCAAUGUCCCAAGUUAGUCCGGAAAUUUUGGGACUCCAUAGACAGUGAAAACAUGCAAUACAAGAAAAUAGACUGGCACAUGAAACAACCAGUCCAACACCUCUUUAGUUCUCAUCAAUCAACUGUGUCAAUAGAAACAUUUGGUACCUAUAUAGUCUGUAUUUCUACACAUUCUCUAUUUCUACAUAUAGUAAUGCCACCAGACUACUGAUGAAGGGUCAAUCCUUCCAUAAAGUUGGACAUGUACCAGUCUAGUCUUAGGCCUCAAAUUGAAAUCACUUAGCUUCAGUCUCAGGUGCAAAAUAUUAAAGAAAAGUCGUCUUCAAAAAUUGAAUUGAAACCUGAAGCUUGGUUGGUGAAAUACUGAGGACCUUGUCUUUGCCUAAUGAAAGUUUUGGAGAAUUUUGCUGGCUAAAGAGUGAGCAAAGUUGGUCACAUUUUGUUUUGCCUGGUCCCAAGCGUGAGAUCAAAACUGCAUUUUUACGUACUUCCACGUUGAAGCCUAUCGGCCUGUCCAACCAUUGAGCUACAGCAAAAUUUUCACGUAUUGACUGCACAAUUUGAUUUUUUUCUCGGCAAAUAUGGAAUAACUUCAGCCAAAAAAAAAAGCAGAAACAAAAUGCGAUGUUCAGGUCACAUUUGGAGGAUAUUUGACAGACAAUGAGAAUCGUGUUAAUUUGUGUUGAUUCUCAGAAUAUUGUUUUUUAUUCAGAAGUAAUUUGUGUACACGUUUCGACUGGUGAAACUGAAUAAAUAUACAUCAGAGAUCGAAUAAACAGAAAAGGUUCGUUUUCGGUUGUUACUUUUUGGUUUGGUUAGAUGUUUAUGGCUCUCCUUUAUGUCAUAUUUUUUUUGAGAUAAAAAGGAAUAAAAUUGUGUGGUGUUACAGGAGAGAGUUCAAAUCCAAA